AUGGUGUUCUUUUUCAGGACCGUUGACAACGGAAUCAAAUUGUCAUCGUUGUUGUCUAUCCCCGAUGUCACCGACGUCCAUACUAUCAACAAGAUCACCUCUGACGAGCUCAAUCGUCUGGUCACUCACGAGGGUUCACCAAAGGCCUCGCAACCGCUGGGACACCUGCUCUCCAAAAUAUUUCAGUCUUUCACGGUUCCUCUUCCCGAUGUAUUCAGCCUUAAAAUCCCAUUCGGAAAAAUCCUUUAUCGCAACCAACGCAUCAACGAGAAAUUCAGCGGGACAUCGCCCGAUACUCUUGUGCCACUGUACGAUACUGAAGCGAAGGCUUGGAACUGGGCCCUUCCAGUUGGCCCUCCUAAAAAUGCCAGUAGUAGUCGUUCGGGCGCAGACUCGGAGGGCAAGUCAGAGGGUGAUGAUAUGCAGAAAGCAACUCACAAAGAAAUCUUUGCUGCGUUUCUCAAUGCUCUGGCUGGCUGCUUAGCAGCAUCGCAGCCCAAACUAGUAGAAAUGUGCUUUGCAACCAGCACAUGGAGCGCAGCCAGUGCACAGAAGGCAUUACCUGGCAGCGACAUCAAGCGCAAGCCAGAUCUCGUUCUAUCUGACGAUAUAUUGGCAAAGUGGGGGAACAUCAGGGUAUCAGCCGAACUCACUCACAGUCGAUACCGGCCUGCGAUGCGACUCGGGAAGGCUGCAGAUACUCAUGCCUAUAUUAUGAUGAGUGAACAGCCAUGGAGGUGCUUUGCUCUCAUAUUAUCAUUCACAGAUGAAUAUCGCCACCUUAGAGUCCUAAUGUAUGAUCACUCUGGUGGCGCCGUGUCUCCUCGCUUCGAUAUUUACAAACAACCGGACAUAUUUUCACAUAUAAUCGCUGCCAUCAAUUUCGGGAGUCUAGAAAACGCUCCUGCCCGACCAAGUACGACGGACUGUACUGUUGCCGUUUUCACUUCCUCCCUUCCAUUUCCCGAGGAUCCUGAUGGAGUGUCGUCCAGUGAUGCCCUUGAAUCAGUAGUCACUAGUGACUCUAGUGACUCUGACUCGACAGAAGAAGGUCCGAGCGGUUCCGCUACACAUUACUCAAUGGACGAAGAGCAUUUCCCACCCCCCUCCCUCCCAGUGCACCCCACUGCAACCCGUAGUGCUCCCCUUCUCAGCCUCGCAUCCCAAAUGCCCCAGGCUGAGAUGACCAAGAGCAUCUAUUCUGUCACCCCUCUCCCUUCCCAAUUCCCUUACUCUGCUCGAUCACCUGAACCUUGCGGUAAAAUCUGUGUAGGGCAGAAGGUCUACACUAUAAGAAGAAUCAUUUUUGCGAGCCAAGGUCUUGUUGUUCGCGGAACCAUUUGCUAUUUGGCAACUUUAGACGAUGAAGACUACAUAAUAAAAGACCAUUGGGUUGUAGGCAAGGACGACAAUGUAGUCUUGAACGAGAUCAAGAUGCUGGAAUUGAUGGAUGGCCUCCCUGGCGUUCCAAAGCUGGUGGAUCAUUGGGUCGUUGAACAGUCAGAUGGUGAUCCCGAUGUUACCUUAAAAUAUCGGCAGAAAGAACGCCGGAGUACCAGGGGCACUAGUCGUACUCAUGUACGUCUUGUCUUGAAGCCAUGUGGUCGCCCCCUUCACAUGUUCCAAACACUGAAGGAGUUUGUGCGGGCACUAAGGGAUAUCAUUAAGAUUCAACAAGCUGCAGUGGAGGAACAUCAGAUUUUGCAUCGGGACUGUAGUCUCAACAACGCGAUGAUCCUAGACGAACCUGAAGGUAGUGAAGGGUUUCUUAUUGACUGGGAGUUUGCCGUUCGGAUUGCCUUGGAUCAUAAAUAUCCCAUCGGCGGUACAGGCACAGUCCCUUUCAUGUCAUGCAGACUUCUCAAUCAAUAUGCGGUCCUGCAGCAGGAGGUGGACCUGGAAUCAAAGAGGAAGAAGACGGCGAAGAAGAAAGAGACUCGGGGACGCAAUUCAGUCGACAAACCAAAAACCCUGAAAUCAUCCUCUGAUUCUCUGGCGCUACCUGUAUCAUACGUCAUCCAAGGCUAUGCGGAUGACCUGGAGUCCCUUUUUUCGUGUUCGCUUGGCCUUGACCUGGGAUUGUGUGCAGCCUUCAAGAUCACCUUUUUCACUUAUCCAGGAGAGGAAAAGCGUCUCACAGACCAAUUUCACCUGUACUUCAAGCAGCUGAUCCCCCUCGCAGUAGAGUGGCGUAGAGUUCUGGUGGACAACAUGAUCCACCCCGUUACCUUCGACACCAUUCUCGCUGUACUCAACUCUCAUCUCAACAAACUCCCCGACGACGAGGAGCUCGUAUCUGCUGUGGACAUGCUCAGGAAUGAUGCUGCCAUUCUCACGAAACGUGUUAAGGGCAAACGGAUUGCUUCAGACCCUCCCUCUGUAGUAGCACCCAAGCGGCAGAAGUCUCAUCAUAGUGAUACUGAGUCUGACUCAGCAUCGGGCAGUGACGCAUGA